UGAAAAAUUAUCGAGCAAAUACCACUUGUACUCCACAAUAUCAACGCUGGUGAGCGUAUAUAGAUAUUUUCUUUAAUAUUGACAGGCUUAGUCCAGUUUAUACCCGUAGAGUGUUGGAAUGGAUAAAAAGUAGAGAAUACGUUACAAAAAUCUAUUCACUUUGAGUCAACUGAAUAACAAUUAACAAAUAGUGGUAUCAUCUCGGUUUGAAAUGUCAAAAAUGGAGAUGCAUGAGCAAGAAAGAGCGUUUGAAAGUUCUUCUGGCAGCGAAAAAGAAAACGCAAAUGUAUCCCUUCAGGAAAGGUCGCAAUACCCUAGCGUAUACCCCGAUGAAAUCUUUUUGGUAGACUUUGACAUGGAUGACCCUGAACGACCUAUAAACUGGCCCACCGGGAAAAAGCUAGUACAUACAGCGCUAUAUGGAAUGACAACGUUUGCCGCUCAAUUCAACAGUACAACUAUGUCACCGACUGCUGGACAUCUAACAAAAGUAUAUCCCAUCGGUCAAGAAGUGGCCACCCUCGCUACUUCGCUUUAUGUUUUAGGAAUCGCUUUUGGUCCUAUGAUUUUUGCUCCUUUUUCAGAAAUGAAUGGGAGAAAAGUGGGUGUCUUUUUUCCUUUCUUUAUAUCCAUGCUACUUACAGCGGGGACUGCCAGUGCUGAUAAUGUGGCGGCCAUUAUGUGUACUCGUUUCUUUUCUGGAUUGUUUGCAGGCGCUCCAAUUGUUUCUUCGGGCGGUGUAAUGGCCGAUCUUUGGCACCCAGCGCAGAGAGCCACUGCUUUGAUUUUUUAUGCUUUCUUUGUCGUUUGCGGUGCUGAUUUCGGUCCUAUCAUCAGUAGCCUGCUUUCAAAAGGUUCCGACACGGCUUGGCGAUGGCCAUUAUGGUUUAUGGUGAUUGUUCAAUCUGCAAUCCUACUCAUAAAUAUGAUAGUGAUUGAUGAGACAUAUGUACCUGUAAUUUUAGCCAGGAAAGCUCGAAAUUUACGACUUUCUACAAACAAUUGGGGUUUGCAUGCCGCUCACGAGCAGUACAAGCUGGAUGCAAAAGAGUUUGUUACCUUCCAUCUUUUACGACCUUUCGCAAUGUUGGCAACACCGAUUGUGUUUUUUAUCGCUAUGUUUGCCAGUUAUGUAUAUGGUAUCCUCUAUAUAAUCUUAACUACCAUUCCCUACACUUUUAACAUGUCGAGAAAUUGGACAGGGACAGUUAGUACCCUUCCCAUGAUUGCAUUCUUUUUGGGCGUCCUGAUUGGGGGCGUCUUUAAUAUUUUAUGGAAUAGAAGAUAUGCUAGAUUGCUUCAAGAGAAUGGUGGACAACCGCUUCCUGAGCAAAGAUUACCGAUUAUGAUGAUGUCAGGUUGGCUUAUGCCAGCUGGUAUAUUUGUCUUUGCUUGGACUUCAUACGAAAGUAUUCAUUGGAUAGCACCUUUUAUAGGUAUAGCCAUGAUGGGUAUUGGGUUCUUUAUUAUUUUCCAAGGGUGUUUGAACUAUCUUGUCGAUACUUUUACAAAGUUCGCUGCAUCAGCUAUUGCCGCUAAUACGUUUACGAGAUCAAUUUGUGGUGGUAGUUUUCCGCUAUUCUCCCGUAUAAUGUUUGAGAAGUUGGGUGUUCACUGGGGUGGAACUUUAGUAGGAUUUGUUGCUCUCGGAAUGAUCCCAAUUCCUUUUGUAUUUUAUUUUUUCGGUAAAAGCUUGCGUGGAAAAAACCCAUAUAUCAAUCUUGUGUCUUAGACUUUCACCUUUUUCUACGAUUCUUUUUCAAAAAGUAUCUAUAUUUAAAUUAUUUUCUUUUAUUUAGUUAAAAAAUUCCGGCUUUGAAAGGCAAGGACACAGUCUAAAAAUAUUUCUACAUAACUAAUUGUCGGUCUGGAGUAUAAUUUAUUUAGGGAUAUUGCGUAUAAUUAAAACUAAAUAAGAAAUGUCUUUCAGU